AUGCUGGUUAUGGCCGCACAUGCCCCAAAGCUGACCCCGACGGUUCGAUCACCAUCAUUUCCUUCCUCGGUCUUUGAACCUGCAAAAGUAGCAGUGCAUGACGUGAAGUCUCUAGACGAAACUGACGCUUUAACUUCAGCCAAAGGCACGCUUCCAUUCAAGGUGCAAUGCAAAUCGGCUGUUGUUUUAGUAAAUGAACGUCGCAUUUCUUUCGUUCGGGCCAAGAACGUACGUGUGAUUGGUCGAUUGGAUGGCAACUCAACUGAAAACAAGAAAUCCAAGACAAGAGAAACGAAACAAUUGACUACUGUCGAGUCAGUUGAGAGAGUGGUAACCUGGCAAUACUCAAAGAAAAUCGGUCCAGGUUUUGCCAAUCUCGGUAACACAUGUUACCUUAACUCUGUGUUGCAGUGUCUGACCUACACUCCGUGUUUUGCUCAGCUCCUAUUGGACAAGGAGGUUUUUGCGUCGUUCAACGGAGGUGCAUUACCGUCCAGUAGCAACAACACGUCAUUUAAAUAUGGUAAGAAGGUUGGGGGUAAAAAUGGAUUUCGUGGCAAUGAGAAUGAUGGUGGGUUUUGCAGUGUUCGUGCUAUGUCGAGACUGUUGCACUCCGUGCAUGGCAACAAUACCGUGCGCGUAUUGCAACCAAAAGAAUUGGUGAUGAAUGUUCGUCACCUUUCCAAAGGUUUUCGUAUUGGACGACAGGAAGAUUCGCAUGAAUUUUUUCGGUUGCUGUUGGAUUCAAUGCAACGUUCGUGUUUACGAAAAGCUCACAUCAAAAGUGAAAGUGAUUCAGCAGCAUCUACAACAUUUGUGCAUCGCGUAUUUGGUGGCAAACUGAAAAGUUUGCUUAAAUGUGCAAAAUGCGGGUAUAUUUCGGAACGUUUUGACGACUUUUUAGACUUGUCGUUGGAAAUUUCCAAUGGUGUCAAGAGUAUCAAAGGUGCGUUGCGACACUUUACGGCCAUUGAAAAAUUGGAUGACCGCAAUGCGUGGAAAUGUUCUAGUUGCGGCAAACCAAGUCGUGCCGAAAAGGGGCUGACAAUUGCUGAGGGCCCGAACGUUUUAGUGAUUCAGUUAAAGAGGUUUGACCACAUGUUUGGUAAAAUCAAGCGGCAUAUCGAGUUUCCUCGUGUACUUGACAUUGCGCCAGGAAUGAGUAAAACAUGCGAAGAUCGUCGUCGUGGACGUACAAAAUACGAAUUGUAUGCAGUUUUGGUCCAUGCUGGAUUUUCUACGGAUUGUGGACAUUACUACGCCUUUGUGAAAGGAUCGUCCAGUCAAUGGUACGAAAUGAACGAUGAUUCUGUGCGCUGGGUGAGUGUAGACACUGUGUUACAGCAAAAGGCGUACAUGUUGUUUUACUCGCGAGUGUUACCUCCAUCUGAACGUCCAAAGCCGAAAUACGAAGAAGCUACGCUCAAAAAGCCUAAAGAAUUGAUGGAGACGAAACAAUUUGAAGAAGUAUCUGGGAAAAUGACAAAACCAGUAAUGAUGAAAACGAAGGAAUUGGACAUGAAUGGCUUUCUCGCCAGUCUAAAGACGACGGUGGCUAAUCCGAUUGAUGCUACCGACGUUGACAAACCCCUGGUUGUGAUUCCGGAAAAGGUUAAGGCGGUAGUGACAUUUAAAGUCACGUCAAUGCCGUCAGUGUCUCCAUUAACCUUUGCUGCCCGUCACCGAAUGAAGCACUCAUUAACGUCUAGCUUUGGUGGUCGUGUUGGUCGAUUGUAUAAGUAUAGAUUGGCAACGUGGAAAACUUGCCCGCGUCUGUUCAUGACUCGAUCGGUGGACGAGCUACCAAUUGAUCCCGAAGUAGACGCACUGACGAAAGAUGCUGUCAUUUCAUUAGUAAAACCGACAAGUACUAGACGAGUUCCACUUGACCCACAGCAUUAUAAGAAAGUGGGUGUACGAACCGCGGCGCUUUUUGGUCGUGAAGUGGACAAAUGGGCUGGCGAGACGGACGUCGAGUCCUCCAAGACGACAAGCAGUAGCGACGCGGUGCCACAUCAUGAGAUGGCUGACAAAGAGUUGGCUGCAAAGCACGAUCGGGUACUGAAUGCUUUGAAGCAGGAGGAAUGGAAACACCGCAACGUCGGUCGCCAGGACUACUGGGAUGAGAAUCUUGACACGGGCAAGGUGAAGAAGGUUAGGAAGCGCAGGGAGUUUGUUCUGAACGAAGGUCGUACGAACGUCUUUCAAACGACUUUAUUGCGUAAGAAAAAUGAUGUUAAGCGGCAGCGCACGGCCUAG